CUCUCAGCUCUCAAGCAGCUGGUGUCGGCACUAAAUACACACAUUUCCUCAUCGUUCUCCUCCAAGCGCACAGUUGAGUACACUCCUACGCGACACGAAACAAGACACGUUUGCGUGCGGUUCAACAAGCAAAAAUGGAGAAGGCCAAAGCAUUCGACAAGAUGUCCAUCCUCUUCGACUUCGACGGGACGAUAGGAGAUACCGAGACCCCGGCGAUGGAGGUGGCCUUCUGGGAGCUGGCGCCGUACCUUCCCGACACCACCCCGGACAAGCUGGACGGGCUGAUGCCGGAGUUCGUGCGCGACAACGCCGGGAAGGCGUUCGAGUUCAUGGUGGAGAAGGUCGACGAGGACCGCAAGGCCGCGGGGCUGAGCACGAUCUCGGAGGCGUUCGCAGCCAAGUCCGAGCCCAAGGAGAUGCUUGACGCCGUCGACCCCCACCGGAAAAAGUUCGGGCUCAAGACCUUCGCCGAGCUGCGCGCCCCCGACGGCGGCGAGAAGGAGAACCUCCUUAUCCAGCAGAAGACGGAGACCGUCGACGCGCUCAGCAAGAUCGCUCAGCCGUGCAACGGAGUGCCGGAGGUGCUGGCUGCCCUGACGGCCGCCGGAGUAGCGUUCUGCAUCUCCACGACGAGCCCCAAGCCGAGGGUGCCGGCGUCCAUCACGGCCUGCAAGCUCGACGAGUACUUCCCGGCCGACAAGGUGCAUAGCGGGGAGAGCGACUUCGACCCCCCGCGUUUCAAGCCGAACCCGUCGGUGUACCUCAAGGCCGCGGAAACGGAGGGCAAGGAGCCCGCCAACUGUAUCGCCGUGGAGGACAGCGGCUCCGGCGUUGGUUCGGCAUCGAACGCCGGCGUCGGACUGACGGUGGGAUACGUCGGGGCAUCGCACAUCCCGGACUACAAAAAGGACACGCAUGCCGAGAUGCUCAUGUCUGGGGGGCGUGCCGAGAACGGAAAGGGGGCGGAGAUCGUGAUCUCGGACAUGACGGACCUGCCCAAGGUUAUCGAGUUCUUCGCCGGGGAGAAGAUCGCCGGAAAGUCUGCUCCGUUCGACUUCCCAGAGGAAUUGAUUUCUUCCCUGAAGCAGCCCGUGUGGGUCCACAGCACCAAGGCCUAACCUUUUCUCGAGUAGAGGAAGCCUGAUUUGUGUUUACAAGUAAGAUCAGUAUCUUCGGUUUGGUUUCCCACAGUCCGAGAACAGGCCGUAGUUCAUGAGAUGUAUCUGGAAGCAUACGUAGGUUGCAAGCGUUGGGUCUUCACUGCUUCGUCGUGAAAGAUGUGUCGCAGGCCGUCUUCGAUCAAAAUCGCGUAGUCACGAAACGUACUAUUUACAAAUGUAGAGGGAUGGAUCCAUUCAUUUCUUCUCCGUCGGAAACACGGGGAAGCGGCGCCCGAACGUUGACUGACCGGCGCAAUUUUUGUGUGGACAACAUGUCGAAUUUUGGGGAACAUUUCGACUUUUGGGGGGAGGAACAAGAAUGGUUGGGUGUUCUCACGCACGAAUGGGCUGAAAAUGAUGCUGAUCGAUGAUCCCGAAGAGCAACUACCACUACCGUAGCGAAGGUGGACAAAGAGUUCCGCUGUGAGGCUUCAUUUUGUCGGCGAGACGAGAGAAAAUCGCAGAUGAUGUAUGCACAUCUGUAAGUGAGUGUUGCAGAAGUAAGAACGCGCAUCCGGUCGAAGAACGCGAGGCGACACUAAGGAAGGAAGUUCCGAACAUCGG